AUGACAAAGUUGAAAUCUAUCGUAUUGGAAAAGUCUCUCAAUUUGACCGAAAGUCCAGACUUCUCAGGUGCUCCAAAUUUAGAACAUUUACAUCUUGGUGGAUGCACAUCUCUUGUCAAGGUUCAUCCCUCCCUUGGACAGUUGGGAAAGCUUGUUGAGGUGGACUUGAAUCAUUGUGCAAACCUUGAAAUCCUACCAAAAAGAUUGGAAACAAAUUCUUUGGUGAAGUUAAACCUUAGGGGGUGUAAAAAAGUUGCAAAGCUCCCAGAGUUUGGGAAAGGUAUGGAAAAACUAUCAUAUCUUGAUGUGGGUGCUACUUCUAUAACUAGACUUCCUGAAUCAGUUGGAUCCUUGACGGGUCUUGAAUAUUUAAAUUUGAGUGGCUGUAAAAUUGAAAAUCUUGACAAGUCGUUGAAGACUCACAUAAGUCACCAAAUUUCCGGCUUGAAUGUAAUGUCAUUAACGGAGUUAUACUUAAGCGGGUGUGGCUUAGAUGAUGGAUCGAUUCCUGAUUUUGACAGUUUAUCAUCGCUCAUUGUAUUGGAUCUAAGCGGUAAUGAUUUUGAGAAUCUACCCAUUGGUUGCUUCUCUGGUCUUUCUCGACUUGUCUUCCUUUCAUUGAAUCACUGCAAAAGGCUUAAGUCAUUGCCAAGGCUCCCACCACGAUUAAUUCGAUUACAUGCCUCUGGCUGUGAUUUAAUGGAACCAUUAUCAUCAGAUGGACAGUUAUGGAAUUUGGUUGCUUCACUUGACCAUGAGCGUCGUGGGCGAACUAGAUGUCAAGUCGAUGAUGAUUGGGAUGAAGAUGGGGAGGAAUAUGUUCCUUCUGUGCUAUACAAGGUAUGA